CUGCUGCCUGGCAGCGAGACCCCGCUGGGUGGCGGAACCCACAGUCGGCCUCUGGAUGCCCUCCCGGGCACCAGUCGGUUUCGGUUCCCGGCGGACGCCAGGUUCGCCCUAGGUCACGUGGGAGGCGAGUUCAGCUGCCUGCGGUUCCCAGGGCAACGCCAAUCCCCAGCCAAUCAGGGCCUCGGAAGUGCCGGCGCCCGCCCGCCCGCCCCGGGCUCGAAAGGGCCGAGAGGGCCAGGCGGCGGAGGGGAGCGGCAGCAGGGCUGGCCAUGCUUUGCGGCCGGCGGCAUCCGUUCUGCCUCUGGCUCUGGCUCCUGCUGCUUCUACUGCUGCCGCCGCCCCCGCGCGCGCGGGGACACGGCGACCACGCGAGGUCGAGGGACGAGGCGGCAGAGGCGGACUCGGGUCGGGCCUGGAAGGCCUUCCAGCGCUUGCGGGAGCAUCUGAGGGCGGCCGGCGCCCUCUCCAGACGCUACUGGGCCCUCUUCAGCUGCCGCCUGUGGCCCGAGGCCUGUGGGAAGGAUGAGGAAGCGCCCGCGCGGCCCCUGGGCUGGAGUCUUCCCCUGCUGGGCCAGCAGUACCUGGAUAUCCUGACCACGUGGUACUGCAGCUUCCAGGACUGUUGCGACAGUGGGGACUGUAGGAUCAUCAACAACUUCACGGGCCUAGAGGCCGACCUGCGCGUGCGACUGCACGGCCAGCACCUGGCCCAGGAGCUGGUCUUGGCGGCAGUAAGGGGCUACCUAGAGCUGCCCCAGCCAGACAAGGCCCUGGCUCUGUCGUUCCAUGGCUCGUCUGGCACAGGCAAGAACUUCGUGGCUCGGCUGCUGGCGGAGAACCUGUUCCGGGAUGGGCUGAGGAGCAACUGCGUCCAGGUGUUCAUAGCCACGCUGCACUUCCCUCACCCCAAGUAUGUGGACCAGUACAAGGAGCAGCUGACGGGCCAGAUCAGGAAGACGCAGGAGCGCUGCCACCAGACCCUGUUCAUUUUAGAUGAGGCCGAGAAGCUGCACCCGGAACUGCUGGAGGUCCUCGGGCCACAGCUGGGCCGCCAGACCCUGGAGAACCACAGGGCCAAGUCCCCCAGAAGCAUCUUUCUUUUUCUCAGUAACCUUGGGGGCAGUGUCAUCAAUGAGGUGGUCCUGGAUCUGCUUAAAGGUGGACAGUCCCGGGAAGACAUCAGGAUGGAAAAUUUGGAGCCCCACCUGCAGGCUGAGAUUGUGGAGUCCACAGACAGUGGCUUCGGGCACAGCCGCCUUGUGAAGGAGAACCUCAUGGACUUCCUCAUCCCCUUCCUGCCGCUGGAGUACCGUCACGUGAGGCUGUGUGCCCGCGAUGCCUUCCUGAGCCAGGAGCUCCUGUACACGGAGGAGGCCCUGGAUGAAAUCGCCAAGAUGAUGGUGUAUGUCCCCAAGGAGGAACAGCUCUUCUCUUCUCAGGGAUGCAAAUCUAUUGCCCAGAGAAUUAACUAUUUCCUGCCUUGAGGCUAGAUGAAAACUUCCUGAAGCUGCCUUCCUUCCCCUAAGAGGACCCUAGGGCCUGUUAGCGCACAGUCCAGGAUGCAAGGGGUGGGAGGGGCAGGCUAGCAUCCAGCAGUCACAAGUACACAAGUGGUGUGUAAAAGGGAGGCCUUACAUCAGAGGCAGAGCCAACUCUUAAAAUCACUUGGUGCCUUAGAGAGCCACAUUCCAAAAUGUGGCCCAGGUGGUUGGAGAAAGCCACAUGAGAGAUGAAUCCCAAGGAUUUAUUAGCUCAUCAGCUCUUGCCUAGACUUGGGUUGCCUGGACUUGGGUGUUGGGCCUGAGGCUGCGUAUCCUCGGUGACGGGGAAAAGAAAAAUGAAGGUCUGCUUACCAGUGGCUGGCAGUAGACAUCAAGUCUGCAGGCUUGGAUGGGUUAGCUUUCAAGUUGUUAUUCCCAGAGGCAAGCUGUGUGAGGUCAGCAAAGAGCCUAAGGCUGAAGGAGAGAGUGCACAGAGGAAACUUACUUUAAAUCAAGUCAGUGUAGGCUAAUGCUGAUUCUGCUCUGCACAUCUAAAUCCUUCAUUGUGUCAUAAGUAAAGAUUAAAAUUUUGUAUUUUUCUAAAA